UUUAAAUUGUUUGCUGGUCCUUCACUAUAUAUUCAUCCUAAGGCAUAUGCACCAGGUCUCUCCCUCUGCUUUUUCACUGAAUGCCAGCUCCAUCAUUCUCAAUCUUCCCUUUCAUCUCUCAACCCCCUCUCCCUUUCUCCUCUCCCGUCUUUCCUGCAACCUGCUUCCUAGCAAUCUUUUGACACCUGAAGGAAAGCUGAGGAGGUGUGACCCAUUACAAGGAGGAGGGAAAAAAGACAAUAAAAGGAAAGUCUAGAAAGACAUGGGGGAUGACUCCUUAUGUGUAGCUGCUGAUUAUUUUGCAUGGAUUGUUGAGGAGAAAAGCAAGCUGCAUUUCUGAGGGAAAGCGUUUGGCUCUGUAACACAGGCUUCAGAUUGACAGAGAAGGCAGAGCCGCACUAGAACUGCAGAACAUGAAUGGAAAUCUUCCAUUUCCUCUGUCAUCCAGAGAGUAUAAUGAGUCGCAUACCUCAAGCAUGCAGCUAGCUACGACCUUCUCGAAUGACGGCAAACAACAAGCAGAGCCAGCAGAGUCUCCUGGCAUCCCAUCCAGCAUCCUGAAUGAUGCUGAGCCUCCCAGAGCAAUGAACAGCAGCAGAACCCUGGUGAAUGAUUGUAUGGGCAAUGGGAGCAGACCUCAGGGAGCAGGAACAGACACAUGGAAGGAGGCUGAUAUGCAGAAGCGAAGGCAACAGCAAGACCAAUCAGGGUGUGCCAGGGACAGCAUCAGCAGCCUGGUGCUGACAAAUGGGUUACACACAGAGUCUGAGCCUGAAAAAGAGAGAGAGGUCGUUGGCAAGGAAGGAUCAGAAACCCAGAAUCAAAGAGCUCCAAGGGGCGGAGCUGCUUUGGAAGAGAGGACCUUGACAAACAAAUUGCUCUUCAGCCAUGCGUGUUUGCCAUUGCAUCGGGAUGUAGCAGAGCUGCUAGAGCCUGAGGAUGGAGAAGAACAGCUAAGAUUCACUGUUGCAGAAGCCAAGCUAAGUUGCGGUGAUGAUGACAGGGAAGAUUUUGCAUUGAAAGAAUUUAGGGAUGGAUUCAGUUCUACUUUUGAAAAAAUUGUGGAAUCUGACCUUAUGAAGGGCACCUACUACAGCAGUUUGGACUCCUUGGAUGUGCUCUCACUGACAGAUGAGACAGACAGCUGUGUUAGCUUUGAAGCUCCGCUCACACCCCUUAUUCAGCAAAGAACUAAGGAAAGUUCUGAACUUUUAGAACAGAAACUCAUUGCUCAUCAGAAGGAAGCUCUGGGGCCCAUGACAGCAGAUAAGCAGGAAGAGGCAAUGGCCAAGGCUAUGGAUGGUGAUUUUGGAAGCCCCCUGAAGCACUCAAUCACCAGUAGCCAGUCUGAGAAUGUGCUGAGCAGGGCAUCACUGAAAAGCAUCCCCAAUGGGUACCAUGUUGAGAGGCUGGAAGAAGAUGCCACAAAGCUGAUUAACUCAAUCAGUGAUGCCAGCAUAAAAGACACUCUUUCUGACUCUGACUCCGACAUGGGCAGCACAGAACAACUUGACCAGGGAAGCACAGACACCCUAGCCAAUGGCUGCAAGGCAGACAAUGAGGCUGCCAAGAGAUUGGCCAAAAGGCUUUAUCACCUUGAAGGAUUCAAGCACUGUGACGUGGCACGCCAACUUGGGAAGAAUAAUGAAUUUAGCAAAUUGGUAGCAGAAGAAUAUCUUCGUUUCUUUGACUUCACUGGACUGACCUUGGAUAAAGCCCUCAGAGCAUUCCUAAAGGCCUUCCCUCUAAUGGGAGAGACACAGGAGCGGGAACGUGUCCUCAUCCACUUUUCACACAGAUACUGUCACUGUAAUCCAGAAGAGAGCACAUCUGAAGAUGGAAUUCAUACACUCACCUGUGCCCUGAUGCUGCUCAACACAGAUCUUCAUGGACAUAACAUUGGGAAAAAGAUGUCCUGCCAUCAAUUUACAGCAAAUCUGGAUGGACUGAAUGAUGGGCAGGAUUUUGCAAAAGAUCUCUUAAAGACCCUGUAUAACUCAAUAAAAAAUGAAAAGCUAGAAUGGGCUAUUGAUGAAGAUGAACUCAGAAAAUCUUUGUCAGAACUGGUAGAUGAUAAACUGGGUGCCAGUGCGAAGAAAGUCACAAGGAUAGUGGAUGGAAGUAACCCUUUCCUGGAUGUUCCUCAAGUCCAGAAUGCUGUUACCUAUAAGCAUGGCAUCCUCACUCGGAAAACUCAUGCUGACAUGGAUGGGAAGAGAACUCCUAGAGGACGAAGAGGGUGGAAGAAGUUUUAUGCUGUGCUCAAAGGCACCAUUCUGUAUUUGCAAAAGGAUGAAUAUAAGCCUGACAAAGAUCUUUCUGAAGUAGAUCUAAAGAAUGCUAUCCGCAUACACCAUGCCUUAGCCACAAAAGCCUCUGAUUAUAGCAAAAAAUCCAAUGUGCUGAAGCUAAAGACAGCAGACUGGAGAGUGUUCCUCUUUCAAGCCCCGAGCAAAGGAGAAAUGCUGUCCUGGAUCCUAAGGAUCAACCUCGUGGCUGCCAUUUUCUCUGCCCCUGCAUUUCCAGCUGCUAUCUGCUCCAUGAAGAAAUUCUGCCGCCCUCUCUUGCCAGCGUGUACAACCAAGCUCUGUCAGGAGGAACAGCUGCAGUCUCAUGAGAAUAAAAUGAGACAGAUUGCGGAUGAGUUAACUGAGCAUAAGCUACAUCCAAUAGUGAAAGGCCUAAAAUCAAAAGAGGCUGAAGAAUAUCGUUUGAAAGAGCAUUACUUAAUAUUUGAGAAAAGCCGUUACGAAACAUAUAUCAGUCUCCUGUGUGCGAAGAUAAAGGCUGGGACAGAUGAUCUGGAAAAAAUUGAAACAAAUCUCUUCACAAUGGAAACUGAAGACAUCUCUUUGAGGAAGACGUAUUCUAGCCCUUCCAUAAGCCAAGGACAGUUACCUGUAAACAGCAAAGCAGAACAAGACAUUACAGACCAGAAUACUUCAGGCUCUGCUGUUGGUAUGCACUCAACUGCCAUAAAUAGCCAAUUCACUGCUGCUUCUCUUGUGCCCGUUCCUUCUGCUUCUGCUUCCUGGACAUCCAAGCAAUUGUAGGCUUAGCUUCAUGUGUGGGGAGGGUGGGAGACUGAGCUGUUGAUCACAGAUAGUUGUACAUAUUCCAUUUUGCUGUAAGCAUAAAUAUACUCGCAUAACGGGACGUUGUGCUUCUGUUCCUUUCUUGCUGUGGUAGAAGUGAAUCCGCUGCAUUAUCAAGGCCUUCAGCACUUUAUUUACUGAUUGAUUCAUUUUCAUCUUCUUUUCUAGACAUGUUCACAAUCAAGUUCCAGUUUUAAAGGAUCUUGUAGCUGCUAAUUACAGUAAUUUACAGUUUAUAUUUUUGCAGCUUUUUAAAAAAAGAUAAUAAAGAGAUUUGUUUGGAUUCUCACAGCUUUUGACAAUUUAUAAAUGAUUGCGUUUCCAUGUUUCUUACCUCUGAGAAGCCACCACCCUGUUUUGCCACCCCCUUUUUUAAACUUUGGUUUUUGUACAGUUUGGUAGUUUUAUUUGAAACGAUGCACUAAGAGUCAUGUACAAAUAAAUAAAUAAAUAAAGAUGAACCUGUUAAUAAAGAUAAUUAAUUCAGUG